GAUCCAGUUGGCUUCCAGCUACUGGCGACAAAACACCUUCCGAAGAACUGCAGAAUCACCUAGACCGCGCAGCCAUGGCGGUCUCACCGACGAAAAAGCAUGGCAAAACCACCUACUACUUUGAGGUCCGAGUGAAUUUGGAUAAGUUGAUGGCCAUCGAUCAGCAAAACGAGAGCUUCAAGGCGCAAGUCUUCCUGGAAGCCACCCUGAGAUAUCCCCCACAGGUCUGUGAUGAUGAUGACGCCGACGUGUUGACGAUCUUCCAGCGGGCCACUGUGGAGAACUCCUUGGCCAAACCGGAGGAUGAUGGACAUCCAGAGCUAAAGUUCCAGCGGGCCACGAAAAACUCCUUGGCCAAAUGGGACAUAUGGGAGGAGAAUGGACGUCCAAAGCUCGCGAUGAGAAGGCAAGACCCUGUACGAAAAGCGCCGCUGCAAUUUGUGUGGCUCAUCCAUGGGGAGUUCGGCGAAGAGUUGGAGCUGCAGAACUUUCCCUUCGACGUCCAGGAUCUCACUGUGAUGAUCCGCUUUGGAUGGCCUUGCAAAGAUGAUAGGGUACAAGUGCGCUUCAUCGACGCGGGCAAGUCUGAGGUUUUCCUCAACGUUUUCUGCCUGAAAAAUGCGUGGACUCAGCCGGAGGCUGUGGAUGUCCAGUUUGGAUUCACCAAGACAAAGGGCGAGAAAUUAGAGCAGUUCCCGCUGAUUCGCAUCCGAUGUCAAGUGGGACGAAAACCAAAGUUCUACUUGGUCAAUGUGAUCUUGCCUGUGGCUUCCAUCGUUCUCGCAAGUGCCUCGUCGCUGGCAGUCUCCCAUGAUAUGGGUGGGCGACUGGGGGCUACCUUGACAUUGUUGCUGACAGCAGUGGCCUACAAGUACCUUGUGGCAGAGAUGGUGCCAAGGAUCAGCUACAACACCAUGCUGGAUUGGUACGUCCUUGUUUGCUGGGCCUUUCUACUGGCGAUGGUCUUGGAGAAUUGUUUUGUGAAGGGAAACCAACCCAAGGUCUGCGUCAUUUUCAGUGUGCUCUUUGGUGUCUUCAACGUGGGGUUUGCAGUGCGUGCUCACUGCAUCUACAACUCCGAGCGACAGCGCUUGAAAAAAGUGCCUAGUCCACAGCCUCCGUCAGCGGGCUACCGAAAUUUCCGCAAAAACGCAUGCUUCGACUCUGAGUCCGACACGGAUGAGAACGAGAGUGACUGUGAGGAUGACUUCAACAUGGAAGACCCUCAGGGGCUGACUUUGACUGAAGAAGACGUGAAACUCUUGGAGAAGAACAACAUGUCUCCAAUGAGCAGUCGGUCGACUGCCAGUGGCUGCAUUCGCAACUGAAAGCGUUUGAUUUUGGACCCCUAAGGGGUACGAAGCUUCAUCAAGGCCUUAUUUCAACGUGUAAAUGCCAAGUUGUUGUUUGCUUCAAGCAAACGACUCUAUGCCCUGAAGUCUCGUAAUGUCACAAGACAUGGCUUUUGGAACAUGGAGGCCCAAUUGGUUGCUGAGCAACGAUGGUCCGAUGGGUGUUGAUUUGAAGGCUGACCUUUGCGCAGUAGUUGGGAAAAAAGCGAAAUAGUGAAAUCAAGCAUUUGACAUCAUUUGACUUGCCCAUGUGCUCUUGGACGUGGUGCGUCUUGGGCCUUCACAAUGAUACUGCAAUUUCUGCUCAUUCGCAAACAAAAACGAAA